UGUCGUGGGCGGGAGGAGGAGGAGGCGAUAAGGGAAACCCGUUAGUUCCUCCUCGGGCUCGUCUAUAUAAACCCGCGAGCUGCACCUGCUGUCGAUGCAUAUCGCUUUAUUUACACGCCGUUUCUCGAGAUGACCGCGUCCCCGGAUGUAGAGAGCCAGUCGGCCGCCGCGCGCCCCCGCAGCCGGUGUCUGGACACCUUCCUCACCGCGUCCGUGAUCGCGCUCUUCUUCAUGUUUACGGUCGCGGUCGCGGGAGCGCUGUACUUCGCCAAACACAUCAAGGACGAGGUGAACGCGCGGACGACGCGACACGAAGACGGAGUCAGCGCUGCUCUGGUCGCUCCAGAGGCGGGAUACAAGAUGCAGAAUUUUGCUUACCUGAGAGCCACCGAAAGUGAACUCAGAACAGGUGUGAUGGCGUGGGAAACCAUCCCGUACAGCAAGGGCAAGACCAUUGGCUCUCUCUACACAUAUGAGAAAAGCCAGAAUGUGCUGAACAUCAAGGAAAGUGGAAGCUAUUUCCUGUACGUCCAGCUUAAUUUUUCCUGCACUGGGAUAUGUCCGUCUGGCCAGUUCAGUGUCAACUUUUACAACCAACGCAAGAACGAGGAGCUCACCUGCACCGUGUCGCUGCCCGAGUGGAAGAAGGAAACGCCUCACAGUCGGACGUGUUGGCGCAUCGUGACCUUUCCGGACAAAAAUAACCGCCUCAUGGCCAAAUCCAAGGCCGAAGGCGAUCUAGACAACUGGAAACUGGAGGUGAAUGACUCUGGCUUUGGGAUGUUUCUGGUGGAUGGAUUAGGAGCGCUACGCCACACGUGAUCAGACAGAACCGACUCGAGGCUGCUCGUUUGAGUCGCUUCGAUCUUCUCAGAUGUUAAUGCUUAGAGGAGCAGGACUCCACUAAUGUCCGCAGACUCUUCCGGCUAGUUUGAGCGACCAAAAACAGUGUCUCAUUCACGUUUUAGCCUCAUCAUUCAAAAGCACGCUGCCAACUUUUGCAGAUUUCCCUCUACAACGAAAGCUCUGAAAACGAGCCUGAACUGAUAAGCAAUGCUUUCUCGAGCACUAUUUAUAAUUUAUAAUAUAUUUAUAUGUGUAACUUGUUAAAUAUUAUAUUGCAAUAUUUAUAUUCGUAUUUCGUGUAUACUGUACAUAGUGCGUUUUGACCUUUGUAGACGUCACUACGCGUGCGCGGCGUCAGACCGAACCCGUUCGUUCACCGAUUGCAUGUUUAGGUGCAUCGCAGAAAUAACGAGUGAACUUUGACCAGCACGUCGACACUAGUGCCUCGGUUGGGUCUGUGCGUCUUGCCGUACGUUCAAGAACUCAAAAAGCUGCAUGUGUGAAUGCGUGUGAACAUCUCUUCACGAGCACACUCUUGUUUCGUGUGUGUCUGGUGUGAAGGAAAGCACCGUAUGAAUGCUAACAAACUCAGGAACUCUAUAGAUGAAUGUAACGUCGAGGACUCUGUGUGAAAUGCUUUAUUUUGUAAACUGAUAGUAAUAUUUAAUAAAAAUGCUACAUUUUUAAUUUG